UAAGUGUAUCUGAUUAGUGAAAUGAGGGUGCUAGUUGAAAUCAAGGGUUGAAUAACGAAGUCUCCGACUGCUACCGAAGACUUUGAACCACCCUCUCUUUCUUUUCCAUUCAACAUAUAAAAAUGUCAGCACCAAGAAGGUGGGAACACCUCAAAAUGCCAUUUGAAGACAUAAAAGCUGCAACCAAUGAUUUUAAAAAAUGUAUUGGGAGUGGCGGAUACGGGCGGGUGUAUGAAGGACAACUGUCCAUCUCCGGAAAGCUUACCAUGGUUGCAGUAAAAAGGCUAAACGAGAAUCUCGGACAAGGGAUGAGAGAGUUUUUGACAGAGCUCGAGUUGCUCUCCGGUCAAAAUCAUGAAAACAUCAUCUCUCUUUUGGCUUACUGCGACCAGGGAAAGGAGAAGAUUAUUGUGUAUGAGUAUGCAGAGCAUGGAAGUUUUGAUAAGUAUAUUAGGCGUACGAGUGACAAAAAUCUUACAUGGCUGGAAAGACUAACAAUAUGUGCCGAUGCAGCACGUGGAUUAGAUCACCUCCAUAGUCACUUUGGAGAGCAUCAAGCCAUCAUCCAUCGCGAUAUCAAAAGCGCGAAUAUAUUGAUAAAUGAUAAAUGGGUUGCUAAAAUUUCUGAUCUUGGAUUGUCCAAGUUGAGUUUAGCAGGUUUGGAUAGAAGUGCUGUUAUUUCCAACGCGUGUGGCACUCCUGGUUAUGUUGAACCAGAAUACAUUAGGAGUGGUGUCGUGACGAAACAAUCUGAUGUUUAUUCUUUCGGUAUGGUACUAUUUGAAGCUCUGUCUGGGAGGUUGUGCUCAUUAAAAGAGGAUGAUGGCUUCUUGUUAUCAGGAAACUUAGCCAAAGAAUACUACAAAGAAAAUAAGUUAGAUGAGAUUGUUGAUCCUAGAUUAAUGGAACAAAUGAGCUCAUACUCUAUGAGAAAAUUUGCAGCAAUUGCAUAUAGAUGCUUGCAUGAUGACCGAGAACAACGAGCUUCCAUGGAUGUUGUCAAGAAAGAACUUGAGGAGACAUUAAGAAUCCAGGUGGAGUUUGAGCAUACGAAGAUAAAUAAGAAGUCAUCAAAGGGUCAUGAUGUACCAAAACCUGACUCGUAUUGGGAGACAAAGCUACCACGAGACUGGGAAGUAUUAAUUAAACUGCUUGAUCUUUCUGAAGCGAGGUAUACCACCAAAAAGAAAAUCUUUUUUCUUCUUCACAAGGGAAUUAUUUUCGAUGAAGGCAACAAGGUCUUCUGGAUAAAUGACGAAGAAAAGAGGUGUUUGUUGAUUUCAGCUAGAACAUUUCUCACAGCAGGUCUUCCAAAUUACCCUAGAUGGGUGUCACAUUAUUAUUUGAGGUUUUCGACUGUCGCGGAGUAUUAUUUUAAGGAAUAUCAUGACAUCAAUUGUCAAAUAAAAACCAAUGUGUUAUCACCUGGUACCAUGUAUGCUGCUAGCUUGAUAUUCAAAUACCGGGAGCAAUCUAUUAGGGAUCUCGAACGCGUAAAGUUGAUUACGAUUAAAUGGAAAAUGGAAGAGUUGAGUGUUCGUUCUACACACACCGCAGAACUCAUAGUGAAUAACUGGUAUAAGAUCAACAUGUGGCAUUUCAUAUAUCAUGGUCCAAGUGCUGAAUUUGACUUUGUGAUAGAAGAGCUUUCAUAUUUCGAAGAUCGUAUGGAAUCUGAGUUAUUGAUCCAGGGAAUAGAAUUUUAUCCUAUAGAGAUGAUGCAGCAUGAAGAGACUGAAAGAUUUUCAAGUCAUUCGAUAACACAUGAAGAUGCAUAUUGGUGGGGAAAGUUGCCAAAUGACUUUCAAAGCUAUAUUGAAAGGUCAGACAAGCCGUUGCACUACACCAACAAAAAAGAGCUCUACUUUUGUUUUUGUGAUGGUUUCCUUGGUGAUGAUGGCCAAUUGUGGUUUUCACUAUGCAAAUCAACCGGUGCAAUAUAUUCUAUGCUACCAGCUACAAGUACCGUGCCUGAUAACUCUAACUACAAACGUUUAGAUACAAUAUCUCUAUCUACAUCCAGGUUUGGGAAGGUGAAAAAACUACGAGGUGCCUAUUGGUACAGUUUUGAGUGUAAACUUCAAUUCCACAUGUUUUCACCUCAGUAUAAAUAUGCAUGUUAUCUUGUGUUCAAAUUUGAAGACAACCAUGCUGAGCCUGAUGAUCCUUGUUUCUUUAAGGCAUGGUACAACUUGGAUGACAUUUUUGGAGAUACAUUAUUUGCCCAUUUCAAACUGUCUUCAAUGAAUAUACCAACAAUAAAGCCAAAGAAUGAUUAUGGAUUAGAUGACUCCACAACUGAAAGAUGGAUUCCAAAACCUGACAUGGAACGUCUUGUAGAUACUCAGAUCGAAGAAAGAGAGGAUGGUUGGAUGGAGUUGAUGUUGUGCAAACCACUUGAGCAGUUGCAAGACCAUAAGUCACUAAGGGUAACAUUAUCAAAAUACAAGGGCGGGAGCUUUAGCGGAAUUCUUGUGGAAGGCCUCGAGUUUAGACCAUUUAAAUAACAAGGUAUACCUAUUGUGUAUUUGGAAAUGGUCUCUCUGAGGGAGUGAUUUUGAGUUUGAACUUGUCUUUGAAAUUUAUGUUUGUAGCUUUCAGAAAAGGCUAAUCAAAUGUAUUGUAAAUUUUAUAUCUUAAUUUUCUGUUAUUUAAAAGUCAAAUGAUAUAUUAAACAUACUUUGAAUCAAGGCUAUAGAGAGUCUAAUGAUAUAUAUCUUGAGUAAA